GGCUCGGCGGGGUGAAAGGUUAACGGAAGUGUUGGCUCUUCCUUUUUUGUUGUAGGCCCUGGUGGCUGCUGUCGAAAUGGGCAAGUUUAUGAAACCCGGGAAGGUGGUGCUGGUUUUGGCCGGACGCUACUCUGGACGCAAAGCCGUCAUCGUGAAGAACAUUGAUGAUGGCACCUCAGACAGGCCAUACAGCCAUGCUCUGGUGGCUGGGAUUGACCGUUAUCCACGCAAAGUGACAGCUGCCAUGGGCAAGAAGAAAAUCGCCAAGAGGUCAAAGAUCAAGUCUUUCGUGAAAGUUUAUAAUUACAAUCACCUUAUGCCCACGAGGUACUCUGUGGAUAUCCCCUUGGACAAAACUGUUGUCAACAAGGAUGUCUUCCGAGAUCCUGCUCUUAAACGCAAGGCACGUCGAGAGGCAAAAGUCAAGUUUGAGGAAAGGUACAAGACUGGCAAGAACAAAUGGUUCUUCCAAAAACUACGAUUUUAGACAUCUUGUUUCAGUCAUUAAAAGUUUAAAAAAAAAACCUG